AUGUCGGUGGCCCUUUACGCCUCCGAUGGACAUGCUGGGCAGUGUGGCAUGCAGGAAGAAGACUACUCAGGAGGCGUUCUCCUGGCUCUCACCCUAGGGAUCGUGGCGGUCAUUGUCGGCACGCAGAUCUGGUGUAGCCGUUCCAUAUGGGGGCGCCUUGAUGUUUUGACGUUUCAGCUUGAGCAAUUGACGACGGCUGUCCGGCAAAUCCAGGCGCUGGUUCAUGUGGAAAACGACUUCACUCGCAGCCGAUCCGGAGAGCAUGCGCGGGAUGCCCAAGCCCGCAUCCAGGCAGUGAUGAACAAGCUCAUGCGAACAGCGGAGGAGGUGGCCUCGAUCCAUGCCAUGCACGCGAACAUGGGGAACACCCUACGUUCCCACCAACUGGAACUGCAGAAACUUUUGCUUCAGUCCAAACGAGAUGUUGAAGCUACCCUACAGCAGGUCCGGACCAAGCUUGGGGAGAAGGUGGGAGGAGUCACCACGGACGUACAGGCCAUCCUGGACAAGGCCAUUGAGUCGGCUGCAAGUAAGUCCGAUAGCGUGGUGGAGUCCAUGAAGGAGCAGAUCAAGUCGGAGUACGCGUCGGUGAUCACUUUCCUGAGCCCCCUCAAGCGAUCACAGGAACAGUUCACGACAGCUAUGGGCAGCCGUUUCAAUGAUGUGUUGAAAGAAGUGGCCAAUGCUGCCUACAAUUUGACGAAGCAGGGCAAAGAUACCGCUGCCCAAGCCCGCUGGAUUCAGCAUACUGUGGACAACGUGCAGACUCACACGGAUCAUUUGCCAGAUAAAAUGAAUUUUAUCCGGAGUCUCCUCGAAAACAUGAGGGACUCCGUCGAGCAGAUCCAGAAAGACAUUGCUGCCUUGGACGCCGAACGUGCUGAGGCAGGGUCUCCUGUUGAUGCACCGGGGGAGCCUGUGCCGGACCGUGACCAGUGGUCCAGGGCAAGCCCGAGCCCACCACCACCGGUGGCUCCGCCCACUAUGUUGAACCUGGACGAGUCACUCCCGGUCCAGAUGACGGGCACGCUCAACCGGCAGAGCUACCUCAUGCCGAUUGGGCUCCCAGAUGGGAGAACGGUUUUCAUCCCGAGGGGAGUUCUGCAACAGAUGCUUGGGCCGACACAGGUGAUGUAA